AUGACUGGCGACUCGAAUGGACGCCCGGCAAAUGUCCUAUUUGUCUGCCUGGGCAACAUCUGUCGUUCUCCGAUGGCAGAGGGUGUCUUCCGCAACUUCGCCGCAUCCCAUGCCUUAAUUGGAGAGAUCGACUCGGCCGGCACUGCCGCAUACCACAGACUUGAGCCUCCCGACCCCCGCACCAUGUCCACUCUGCGCCGCCACAAGAUCACCGAUUAUGACCAUGCCGCCCGUAAGGUGACCCGGGAGGACUUCCUCACCUUCGACUACCUCCUUGCCAUGGACAAGUCGAACUUGCGCGAGUUGUUGCAUGAGCGGGAGUCGGUCAUUGCGGCUUUGCAGCGCAAAUCUACUUCCAAGUCGGGGGCCAAAGGCACACGUUCGCAUGUCGACGCUGCGAUUGGCGAGUAUGGGGAGGAUGCGAAGGUUGCUGUGGUGCGGAUGUUUGGUGAUUUCGGUAAAGCUGGAACGCUGAAUGACCGCGUUGGUGGUGGAGAGGUCGUCCAAGACCCUUACUAUGGUGGUGCCAAUGGUUUCGAAGAGGUUUACCAGCAGGUCGUGCGAUUCUCUCAGAACUUCGUUGACUACCUGGAGCAAAACCCUCUCAGCUCUGAGUAA